AUGACGAACUGCACGAAGAGCAAGAACGCCACCCAGGACGGAUACUUCAGAGAGACCUACCCUAGGGUGUUCGAAGGAGAGGCGUACAUGGAUCCGAUACGCUUGCGGAGGCUGCAUCGACUGGAGCAAGAUAAGAAGAUUCGAGAUGGAAAAUUUAUUUACGCAAAUCCACCCAAAAAGCCAUGCGGUUCUGGCUCUAAUUACGGAACAUUCGACGAUUACAUCGGGAAGACUGAAUAUUUCAGCUCUCAUCCUCGAGACGUGGAGCCCAGUUCACCUCCCAAAAAGAACUUUUUUGUCAAUCCUGGUAAAAAGGGGACAGGAUAUGGAAUCUUGGUAUGGAGAAAACCCAGGGGAGAAUUUCGCAAACACAACUUGGUGCCAACACACAUACCCAAAAGACCAGAGGGUCGUGAUUUCGAGCCGUAUCGUGCGGGUCUGUUUCAACAAAAAUAUUUCGAUCCUAAUCCGUACAUAACAGACGUGGAACCGCGAGAAGUAGAGGAAGAGGAGAAAGAAGCAGAAGAUAAACCCAUAUUUUUGCCUUCCAGCCCAGCCAAGAAGGAUGGUGGAAUGAAAGCAGGCUGUCUCAACAAAUUUCCUGAGCACACCGGCGAGCCAUAUCCUAAACCAGAUCUAAUACCAAGAGGGGUGAAGCACCAUGUCAACAAAGAAAAUCAAAUGUUCCGGCCUGUUCCAGGACCAAAACCCUAUCCUGUAAAAUCCAUCAUUACCAAAAAUGUUCAAAAGAAAGUGACGCCACUGAAUUUCCCAACCAUUAAAGGAGUAGUUUAUUGCAAGAAAUAA